AGCGGGAGCGGGCGGCCGUGCCGGUCGUGAGGGGGACGCGGCCGCCAUGUCGGAGCCGGAGGCGGCGGCACCGGGCGGCGGCCCCGGGGCGAAGGGAGCGGCGCUGCCGGAGCCGCCGGGGCCGCUGGAGCUCUGCGGCGCCUGCCGGGAGCGCCUGAGCCCCCGGCGGGAGCCGCGGCUGCUGCCCUGCCUGCACUCCGUGUGCCGCGGCUGCCUGGGGACCGCGCCGGGCGGCGACGCGCAGGCCCUCGAGUGCCCCGUGUGCCACCAGCCGUGUCCCCUGGGUGACAUCAUGGAGAACUUCUUCCUGCAGGACAGCGGGGUGGGCACAGCACCGGCCAGUAAGCAGAGCUGCACCAGCUGCGAGGACAACGCGGCGGCCACCAGCUUCUGCCUGGAGUGCGCCGAGCCGCUGUGCGACACCUGCGUGGAGGCCCACCAGAGGGUCAGGUACACCCGGGAGCACAGCGUGCAGCCCCUGGGCUCUCCGGCCGUUCCCGUUCCCGUUCCCGCAGCGGCGUCUCCGUUCCCGGGGCCGUGCCCGGCGCACCCGUCGCAGCCGCUGUCGCUGUUCUGCAGCGCCUGCGACCGCCUCACCUGCGCAGAGUGUCACCGGGGCCCGCACCGCGCCCACCCCUCGCAGCCGCUGGACGAGGCCAUCCGGCAGCAGCGCUCGGUGCUGGUGGCGCUGCUGCAGCGCCUGGCGGACAAACACGCGGCGGUGCAGCGCUGCGCCAAGGAGCUGCGCGCCUUCAUGCGCGGUCUGUCGGAGGCGCAGCAGCGGCUGCAGGUGGAGGUGAAGCUGGCCGUGCUGCAGGUCAUGCGGGAGCUCAACAAGCGCAGCAAGGCGCUGGUGUGCGACGUGCAGCGCGCGGCCGAGGGGCGGCAGGAGCGGCUGCAGCGGCAGCAGCGCGCGCUGAGCCGGGCGCAGCGGCAGCAGGAGCACGUGCUGCGCUUCGGCGCCCGCGCCCUCGACAGCCCCCAUGGUGCUGCACUGCUGCUCUCCCGGAGGCUGAUCCACUCGCAGCUGCUCCGCGCUCUGGGGGUGCCGCUGGAGCCGCUGGAGCCGCAGGGGGAGAUGAGAUUCCAGUGGGACCCGCAGGGCUGGACCAGGAGCGCCCAGAGCUUCGGUGCCAUCAUUUCGGAGCCGCCCCUCCCCCCCUCGCUGAGCCCUCCCCCCGCCGGCCGCCCCUCCCCCACCGCGCAGGGUCCCCCCACGCUGUCACCUCCCCCCCAGCUGUCACCUCCCCGCCUGGAGCCAGCGGCCACCGAGAGCCCCGAGACCGCCCCCAGCCCUGGAAACGGCGUCACCGGAGGGAGGACGAGGAACCCUGGCAGUUCCCCCCGGGAGGAGAAGUUCGUUAAGACGCUGCUCAUUAAGCGGAGGGGCCCCCCCGGGGCCCAGGACAGCCCCCGGCUCCCCAAGGAGCCGCGGGUGAGUUUGGAGCGUCUGGAGCUGGACCUGGAGCUGGACCCGGCGCAGCCGCCCGUGUUCCGCAUCUUCCCGGGGCCCUCGGAGCAGGAGUUCAGCCUCAUCGUCAUCGAGCAGGGGACAGCGGGGACAGAGGGCACAGAGGGGACAGAGGGGACAGAGGGCACACCGGGGGCAGCGGGGACAGCGGGGACAGCGGGGACAGGAGGGACAGCACAGACGGUGCAGUCACAUGGAGUCCUUCUUGUCAAGGAGGAGCAGCAGGAGUCGCCCAUCGGUGACAUUGGGGACAUUGGGGACAUCAAACCCGUGGGGCUGCUGCCGCCUCCCCCGGGGGAUCCGGGCCCUGUCCUGGGCUCCUCGCCCGGCCCGGGGGUCCCGGGGGUCCCGGGGGUCCCGGGGGUGUCGUGCUGCCGCGUGUGCGGCCAGGCCGGGGCCGUGGUGAUGUGUGACCGCUGCCAGCGCUGCUUCCACCUGCACUGCCACCUGCCCGCGCUGCAGGACGUGCCCAGCCCCGAGUGGACGUGUUUGCUGUGCCAGGAGCUGCCCCCGCCCGUGCCGGAGCCGCCGCUGCAGCCGGAGCCGGGCCCCCCCCUCAAGCUGAGCCCCCAGGACCAGCAGCGCUGCGAGUUCGUCCUGCUGGAGCUGCUGUGCCACGAGCCCUGCCGGCCCCUGCAGCGCCUCUGCAGCUCCCCGGACAGCCGCGACGCCAUGGACCUGACGCUGAUGCGGGCGCGGCUGCAGGAGAAGCUGAGCCCCCACUACUGCAGCCCCGAGGAGUUCGCCCGCGACGGCUGGCGCCUGCUGCGCCAGUUCCACCGCCUCACCGAGGACAAAGCGGACGUCCAGUCCAUCCUGGGGCUGCAGCGCUUCCUGGAGAGCCGCCUCAGCGCCGCCUUCGGGGACCAGAAGUUCUCCCGGCUCCUGCUGGAUCCCGAGGAAGCCCUGGAGGUGCCUCCAGGCUCCUGAUGGCCCCUCCUGGGGGGUGAAAGCCCCCCCCCAGGGGUUUGGGUUCCCCCCGGGACGUGGGGGUGUCCCUGUCCCCCCUUUUCCUGGGGUCACGUGGGAAAAUAAAGCCCUGCCGUGGUCUCCUGG